GCUUAGAACAAGUGUCAUACCUUUUUUCUAUCCGCCACCAUGUCAUCGCUCGAUCAUUUACUCUGCCCUGACACGACUGCGAGAAAACUAAGCAACCAUAGCCUGCACUACUCAGAUCCGUCCGACUUCAGGCUGUCGGAUACCAGUUCAAAGCCGAAUUCGAGGAGAUGCUGCAUUCCAGACUGUCAGAAGACAGCGAAGCGAGGUGGACGUUGCAUCUCGCACGGUGGUGGCAACAAGUGCGCUGUAGAUGGUUGUACUACAAGUGUAGUUAGUCGAGGACUAUGUGUUGCACAUGGAGGUGGCAAGCGAUGUCAGACUCAAGGGUGUACGAAGAGUGCGCAGUCUGGGGGAUUCUGCUGGGUUCAUGGCGGAGGCAAGAAGUGCGGCUAUCACGGUUGUUCCAAACGUGCACAGAGCGGUGGUGCCUGCAUUGCUCAUGGUAAUUUAUUUUUCACUUUUUUUUUACAGCUAAUUCACCCUAAUUCACCCUAAGCAAACC